UGCUGUCUGGUGCUGCGCCCCUGCGGCUGACUAACCCUUUGACAAUACUGUGAAGGCUCCAUGUUACAGAUAGUCAGUCUACUGUUCACGACAGUGUACGCGGCAGAGGUAGGAAUCCCAGAGAGGUUCCUGAGACCUCGACACUACAACCCGCACCCUCUACAGACCCUGCUGUCUGGUGCUGCGCCCCUGCGGCUGACUAACCCUUUGACAAUACUGUGAAGGCUCCAUGUUACAGAUAGUCAGUCUACUGUUCACGACAGUGUACGCGGCAGAGGUAGGAAUCCCAGAGAGGUUCCUGAGACCUCGACACUACAACCCGCACCCUCUACAGACCCUGCUGUCUGGUGCUGCGCCCCUGCGGCUGACUAACCCUGUGACAAUACUGUGAAGGCUCCAUGUUACAGAUAGUCAGUCUACUGUUCACGACAGUGUACGCGGCAGAGGUAGGAAUCCCAGAGAGGUUCCUGAGACCUCGACACUACAACCCGCACCCUCUACAGACCCUGCUGUCUGGUCCUGCGCCCCUGCGGCUGUCACAGGUACUACUGGAUCAACCCCCGUACCAGCUGUACCCUCGUACCUCCACCAGACAAGAUGACAGCAGUCCUGUACAGUUCCCAGAGGUUCCUGCAACAGUCAAGCCUCCAAAGAAAACCUCCUCGGUGUAUGGUCUGGUGCCGAAGAACUACGCAUUCGCGUACGCGGUGAAGGACCGCCAGUCCGGAGACGACUUCUCUCACAAGCAGGCGCACAACGGGCAGUCGACCAAGGGCGAGUACAGGGUUAAACUUCCCGACGGUCGUACACAGAUAGUGAGUUAUACUGCGGACAAUUCAGGGUACAAAGCUGACGUGAGGUACGAUGAGGCUGCCAAACCCGUGUCCAACCCUCAGGUGUACUACACAGGGCGACCAGCAGACAGUGUGUACUACACUCCUAGGUACAGCGGUGUGUCUAACAGCAUCCUACAGGAGCCUGACUACUCUGACGAACCAGAGGUGAUCUACAAACAUCCAGUCCACGUUGUCGCCAAGUCUCACAGUGUUGCCGCCCAGUACGCCAAACCCUCUGCUACCCCUCGCCCACUAGAAGUACUCUUCAGUCCCACCCCUAGGCCAUACAAGAGUCUACAACCUCUGCAGCUCAGGGCUCUGCCCCAGACGGCCGAGGAGUACACUAGCUCAGACUCUCCUAACUACUACCCCUAUGUGUCGUCCACCCCGUCACCUCCUGUGUCCGGGUACUACGCCUCUGCUGUCUCGUCCACCGCUACCCCUAUAGAGGAGGAGCAAGACGACAUACCCCGGCCCGCUACCAAACCCGCCCCUAUCUCUAACUUCUACGCUACUUCAACGACGCCGGCCCCCCAUGGGGUGAGGUACAUCCUCGUCCCUUCCCACUACUAUGAUGAAUCAUAAGUGGAAGUGUUAUUUGCUCAUUAUGUGCCUUGGACCUUUGAACAGUUAUACCCAAGUCCUAUGUGUAUACUUGGCGUGUGUAUUGUGUGUACCUAUAUUAUGACUACUUAAUCGUUUAACCAUAUAGAUAAAGUCAUAGACUGUUUGAUUUGAGAGUGCAAUGUAAAAUUUUGUCAAUGAGUACUAAUGUAAGUGCUUUAGCCUUAGACUAAUUAGAGUACUAAAUUUCGUUUACAAAAUUUAGGCGGUUUAAGGGGAAGGUUUCCUAGGUUCCCGCACAUAGCUUGUAUUAAUCAGGUGACCAGCUGUCGGCUGUUGUGUUAAAGUUAGGAUGGGGUGGGGAGAAUCGCUUCCCCUAAAACAGCCAAACCAUUGUGAACGAAGUGUUGUCAUUUUUUAAAAUUAAAUCAAGCAUUAAAAGGAAAUUUACAGCGAUGACAAAAUAUUGGAUCCAAAGAUAGCUCAACAGGCCUAUGAUGAAUAAAUAUUUGUGGUGUUUAAUGUUACACGCUAUAGUCUAUAGGGGAAAUCACCAAGAUGUAGUCAGUAAAGUAACAGAUCACUUUGACAUAGGUGUAUGCCAUAACUGGUGCCUAAAGGUUUAACGUAUAAAAAGGAGUGAGAAUACCAGUCCUCAGAACGUGUUACCGUAUUUUGAGUCAGUUACCACGAGUCUUAAGACUUCAAUCAUGAAGGAACAUAAAUAAGACUUAUAUAAUACUCACACAUUUUACAAAUAAAUAGAAUAUGUUAAUUUCUAGUAUUAAUA